UUUUGCAACGCAGCAGUUCGCCCUCGCAGUCAUUGGGUUCCCUAAGUCCAUCCAGCAUCAGCAACAUGUCAAGCAGUGCCAGUAGCUGUCAUGGCAGUGCUACCAGCAACACUCAUAACGGCAACAGUAACUCUGCUGGCAACAAUAAUGUUGGUAACAACAACACAACCGGCGCCGUCACCAACAAUGUGUUGCAGCAAUUGGCUAAUAGUACACUUGGCAACGGAAGUCCCAAUGUGGUUGCCACCACAAAUGGGGUUGGACUCAGCUUGCAUCAUCACCAACACCAUGCACAGCAGCAGCAGCAACAUCAGUUUAGCAAUCAGCAGCAGCAGCAGCAACCGCAACUACACAGCAUUGGAUCGUCCGCAGCAGCUACAUCAGUGCACACGUGUCAGAGCCGCCAGGUUAGUCCAACAACCAUCUACAAAUAUGGAUACAAGUGAAUCUCCAGGUGUAGCAGAAGGUGUGGACGCACUCACGUUGAAUAGUCCUGGUGAUGUUAAAGUAGACAAGGUACCGAACGGUGUAGAGGCCACGGAAGAUGACGCUGAUGUUGUGGAUCCGUGGAAUGUAACCUGUGCUAAUGAUGAAGGCAUAGAUUACGACAAGCUAAUAAAACGUUUUGGUUCCUCGAAAAUAGAUGAAGAGCUGAUAACACGAUUUGAAAAGAUAACUGGAAAACCAGUACAUCAUUUUAUACGUCGUGGUAUUUUCUUCUCUCAUCGUGAUUUUCAUACGAUUUUGACUCUGAAAGAACAAGGAAAACCAUUUUAUCUUUAUACUGGACGCGGACCAAGUUCGGGAUCAUUGCAUAUCGGACAUUUAAUACCAUUUUAUAUGGCCAAAUGGUUGCAAGAGACAUUCGAUGUACCGCUGGUUAUACAGUUAACUGAUGAUGAGAAAUCGCUGUGGAAGGAUCUGAAAAUUGAAGAAGCUAUUCAAUUGGCAUAUGAAAACGCAAAAGAUAUUAUAGCUAUCGGUUUUGAUGCAGAAAAAACUUUUAUCUUCAACGACUUGGAUUUCAUUGGGAAAUGCCCUGCAAUGUAUCAGAACAUUAUUCGCAUUCAAAAAUGUGUCACCUUUAAUCAAGUAAAAGGUAUAUUCGGAUUUGGUGACUCUGAUAUCAUUGGAAAAAUUGGUUUUCCUGCCGUACAAGCUGCACCAGCACUCUCCAGUACGUUCCCUUUUAUUUUUACUGGUAAGAAACCAGUACACUGCCUCAUACCAUGUGCGAUCGAUCAAGAUCCGUACUUUCGUAUGACACGUGACGUAGCACCACGUUUGGGAUUCCCAAAAUGUGCGCUGCUACAUUCAAGCUUUUUCCCCGCACUUCAAGGCGCGAAAUCAAAAAUGUCAGCCAGUGAUCAGAAUUCAGCAGUAUUCCUUACCGAUACACCAAAACAAAUAAAGAAUAAAAUUAAUAAAUAUGCAUUUUCGGGUGGACGUGCCACAGUCGAGGAGCAUCGCAAAUU